GCAGCGCCGGCGGCGGCACCGGCCCCGAACCGGCCCCGAACCGGCCCCGGAGCGGCCCCGGAGCGGCCCCGAGCCCGGGCUGCCCCCGCGCUGCCCCCGCACUCUCCGGCACCGGGGCGGGCCGGGCGCUCCCGGCAGGUUCCGACCCGCCCUGGGCCCGGGAUGGUGCCAGCAUGAGGAGGUGCUGCCAGGCCGUGGGGCUGCCAUGCCUGUUUAAGGGCGUGGGCAUGGCCGGCCCGCGGGCGCCGCCGCGUUUCCUGCUGGUGUUUGACUUUGACGAGACCAUCGUGGACGAGAACAGCGACGACUCGGUGGUGCGGGGCCGGGCGCUGCCGGAGCGGCUGCGGCACAGCCCGGCGGCCGGCGGCUACAACGAGCACAUGCGGCGCGUGCUGGCCUUCCUGGGCGAGCAGGGCGUGCGCCCGGCCGAGCUGCGCGCCGCCUACGAGCGCAUCCCGCUGGCGCCGGGCAUGGCCGAGCUCUUCCAGCUGCUCUCCAAGCACCAGGAGCUCUUGGAGAUGGUGCUCAUCUCCGACGCCAACACCUUCGGCAUCGAGGCCAAGCUGCGCGCGGCCGGCGCCCGCUCGCUCUUCCGCAAGGUGUUCAGCAACCCGGCCAGCCUGGACCGGCGCGGCGUGCUCACGCUGGGGCCCUACCACAGCCACAAGUGCCUGCGCUGCCCGGCCAACAUGUGCAAGGCCAAGAUCCUGGCCGAGUACCUGGCCGAGCGGGCGCGCGAGGACGUCGAGUUCCAGCGCGUGCUCUACGUGGGCGACGGCGCCAACGACUUCUGCCCGGCCGGGACGCUGACGGCGGCGGACGUGGCGUUCCCCAGGAAGGGCUACCCCAUGCACAGGCUGAUCCAGGAGAGCCAGGAGAAGCAGCCGGGCGCGUUCCGGGCCGCCGUGGUGCCCUGGGAGUCGGCGGUGGAGGUGGCGCGGUACCUGCAGGAGCUGCUGCGCAAGAAGUGCUGAGCGAGGGAGGCGGCUCCGGGCACGGCUCCGUUCUGGGAUGUUCCUCUGCCUUUCCCGGCUCCAUUCCCGGGAUGUUCCUCUGCCUUUCCUGGCUCCAUUCCUGGGAUGUUCUUCUGCCUUUCCCGG